CAUCAGCGGGGGCCCGUGUCAGACAUCCAGCGCAGUGAUGAAGUGCCUAGAUAGAGCACCGGGUGUAUAGGCUGCUCCUGUCACUGCUUACAUCCUUCGCUCACGUAUUCACCACACACCCGACCAGCUCUGCGUCCGUGCGCUCCCUCUGACUCGUCCUUGCCCACCCUCUCUGUUCUCUUGUCUCUCUACAGCGCAAGCAUGGCGUGCUAGUCACUCGAAGCGCAUCAUUAUACCCAUCCGCAUCGCAUGGUAGUCGUCAAGGCACUCCUGACGCGCAUCGUCCGAGCGCUACCCAGCAACAAUGCUCUCGGCGACGAUCCAGUCGAGGAUCCCAUCUUCAUCCAGUCCUGCAACACAAUCACAAAGAUCGCAGCGACCAAUGCCGAACUCGUCCUUGAGCAGAUGCUCGUCCAUUUGAAGCAGGUGCAGCAGGAUGCGGCACUCGUCUCAGCAAUACCGACGAGUGCGACACGCACUGCGAACAUCAUCUAUUCGCAAGUCCUACUUCUACGACUUCUCGUACGCUGCUGCCUUCGUCACUUCUUCCCAGUGCAAGAGACAGACUCGUCAGAACCGCUAGAUCGCUACGUCAAGCAGGCUGAACAUCUCGCGCGAAUACACGAACACAAGAGCCACUCAUUCAGGAUAUCAGAAGCGACAGCAUCCUCCAUGCUUGAUGUCGCCAUUGCGCUACUACCCGUGGACGACGACCGGCCGGAGAGCUCAUUGUCCCACAAGUCUUGGUCGCCAGACAAGUCGCUGCGUUCAGAGCACGAUCGCAGAUCAAUCCUGAGUCGGGAUGCGCGUGAAGACUCCUUUGUAUAUCAACAAGAACAGGUUGAGCUUGUCUCUAUGCUCAUUUCAUUGGCUACCUGCCGUCAUGGCAAAGCGGCACUCGACCGAAUUGAAUCGUUGCUACAGCUAGUGGAGACGCAACGAUCACCUGUGGAAGUUUUACAGACAAUUGCUCACAUGUCCUUCAGGCUCCAUGACCUUGCAAGUGCACUGGAGGCCGUUGCUCGUUCCUUACCACGAUUCUCACGCAGCACUCGCGUUCCUUUACUUAUUCAUGUACACGCUGCCAUUUGCAAUUGGAUCAGCCAUCGUCCACGAGAAUUCUCAAAACUCUAUCAAGCUCGGCAAACUGUUUGUCAAGGUGCAGAGCUCAUCUUCAAUCAUGCCUUUGAGCUUGCCGAUACAACGAGGCGGAAAGAACAAUUAUGGCCAGUGAUGGCCACCGUGCUCAUGCUGUCACCAGAUUCAAUUCUGGCUGCCAUGACCAACAGAGUCUCACGAAAAGCACAAUUCCUUGAAGCUAUUCGCAAAACACACGACAAGAAUAGCAAGCUGCUACCAGCAGCCAUUGCGAGUUGGACCAAUAUUCUACAUGCCCUCGACAAUGUCCGCUUGGAGCACCGUCAGUUUUUGUCAGGAUUUUCAAAUGACCGCAUUGCCAACUUGUUGCAGCGCAAGCAAGCCAUCACUGAAGCCGUUGCACAAGGCACGUUUGUCGAGCCUGCGCGACUACUGACGGCGCUGUAUCGCAUGAAGAAUGAAAGCGCGGCGCUGGAUCUUGUCGCUGACUGGCUUGCCUCUGACCAAAUCACUCGAUUGACGGUGGCUGGUAUUUCAACCAUUGCUGAACUGGCACAAAGCGACAAUCUCAUGCCAAUGGGUCAUCAAGCGGCACUUUUUCGGAUUCCUUACUUUUACAUUCGCUGUACCGCCGAUUAUGCCAGUGAAUUCAACCCAACCGCUGUACGAGCCGCUCGCAAAUCAGAAGACCAGCAAUGGCAUGAACGACAACUCUGUGUAACGAUUGUUGGGUUUUUAAGACAAUUUCCUACAAUGAUUUGCUUGUAUACAGCUUCUGAACAAUUACCCGAUGCGGCCACGGCAGCACUUGCGUGUUUUAUUUACAGCAAUGAUGCCGAUAUUUCAGCACUCUCGUGUGCACUACUGACGAGCUUGCAAACAAAAGACUGUCUUCAACGUCUUGUAGCGAUUCUGGGUCCUGAAGAGGCGAUUCAUCGAUGGGGCAAAUUGUCAAUGGCCAUCUUACUCUGGAUGUCGAAAAUGUUGACUGGUCGAAAACACCAACCGGAUGAAUCACGCAAAUUGCUCGCUUUGCUCAAGGCUUCCUUGGAUGGUCGGUAUGAAGCCUUGUCGUCCGUUCAAACACACCUAGGUCGCGAACAAGAUCUCGCAGAGUUUCGUGCCAUUCAACUUAGCUUGAAGCUAAUGGUGUUUGUCUUACUAUGCCACUAUGAUCUUGAAAUUCAAAUUCUAGCCACCAAGGCAACCUUGUGGGUUUUGCGCGAAAAGGAACUUUACAAGAAGAUCCCUGUAGAAGAUGCGGCAGCUCAGAAGACGAGCGAUGGUCAGACGCAACCCAACAAUGAACUCAUGUUUCAAGAGCUUGCUCGCACCCAGUUUGUAACACAAGGUCGGAAUGCUGUCCAGCGAGUCAUCAAGAAGAUAUUACGGACAUGUCAGGUAACGCCGGCAACAAAACAUGUGUGGAGCGUUACGGUAGAUCGAUUUAAACGUGUUGGGGAUAUCGUGCUCUCCCCUGAAUCGCCAUUUGCAACGGAAACGCGUCAACUUGGAUCUCUAGAAGCCAAUCAGCGGAUAGAGUGGCAGACUUUGCUCGGUAUCUUACUCUCUCUAAUACACUCUCUGCAAACCGUUCCCGAUCUGGCACCACCCGUAUCCGAUUUCAUGGCUCUCUUGCCACGCUUCUUGUUCGCCGAAGAUCCAAUCAUUAGGGAACUCGCAUUGGAAAGUGUCGCUGGUGACUGCUCUCCCUCCGUGUUUCCGCAAAUAACCGAUAUGCUGCACGCUCAGUACAGGCUGCGUUGCAAUUCAAGCGGUCUCUUGUCUACGGCCUUGGCUGAUUCGUUACGUUUUGCCGAUUGCUGCUUUUACCUGAUUCGAGCAUUGUUUGAUCGGCUCACCACCAAUAUGGCAGUGACGAUGGAGACGCGCUUUAUGCUGCGUGCAUGUGAGACGUAUGCCUACUCGAUGCCACGAAGCUUGGAAAGCUUGAAAUUACGCCUACGCUCUGUACAAGCACUUGUCACCUUCUCCAACAAGCUCUCCUUCAUCAAUCUUCAGGGACAGCAGGAAAGCAUACGUGAGCAAGUCUUCUUGCUAGCACAGCAUUUAUUUGAUUAUGCCAACACAACCAAAACCCGACAAGAAGCCAAGCUCAUCACUGAUAUUGAGUCGAGCAGUUGGCGCGUCAUGCUCAACAUGUUCUCCAACUUACCCCUUCCCUCGAAAGCAGACGGCAUAGCUGGUGAUGCAACGCUCGAAUGGUUUCUCACCUUCUUCGUUGAUUGCUUGAAGCGAUUCCCUGCAGAUAGUGCUCAGCAUGAAGUCGUUUGUUCAGUACUGCGAACGAUCCUUACGGCGAAUGUUCGGAAUGGCUUGACCAAAUUCAUGACGAUGGUGUAUGACAGCGAUCCACUCAUUCGAUCUUCCUUCUUCAAGAUUGUGGCGGAAUGUACUGAUGCCAUCAUCUAUGACCAUUCAACCGACCCUCUCGCUGCCAUGGCUGAUCUCAUCCUGCGCGAACCAAACUUGACUAUUGCCAUUUGCGAAGCGUGUCCCACUGCCCAGAUUGAUGCCCUAUCAGAGCUUCUUUUGGAAAUUUACAGAGCCGCCGGGCGAGAAUCUGAUUUGGCGUAUUUGAUGAUUGAUCAUGAAAUUCAAGCAACCGACUCUGAAGGCGAUUUAUUCAGGAGGAAUUGCACAAUGACCAAAAUUUACUCCAUCUUUGUGAAGCGACAUGGGUCAGCCUAUCUUCAGGAGACCCUUGCAAGUCCACUUGAAUUUGUGUUCCAGCAAGGCGAUGAUAUCAGCUAUGAGCUUGAUCCAUCCAAGGUUCCAGCCGCUGAGCAAGGACAAGUCGCGCAGAAUGCGGAGAACCUCAAGGCAGCCAUUUCAGUCUUUGUGGAUGCCAUUUGCAAGUCCGUGAGUAACUUACCAGCCGAAUUGCGAGGUAUUGCUCGGCACGUUGCGAAGCAAACUGCGUUAAAGUAUCCCUCUUCCGAGUAUACUGCGGUGGGCGCAUUCAUCAUUUUGAGAUUCAUCUCACCUGCCAUCAUUGCACCCUUGACCACCAGAUCCGAUCUUGGUCCAGAAGUGAAGCGCAAGCUGAUCUUGAUUUGCAAGGUGAUACAGAAUCUCGCCAACAACGUCUUUUUCAAGGAACCUUUCAUGGACGUUGCGAAUGAUUUCUUGAACGACUUUAUCCGACCCGUCACGAGGUUUCUGCACGCCAUUUCGAGGUCUAUUGAGACUGCCAAUAUUAUUGGCGAUCGCUCUUCUCUAUCUUACACCGCCCGUCUCAAUUUGCAUCGGCAUCUUUACGGAAACACCUACCGCGUUUGCGAAGAGCUCACCAAGCUCAAAUUUGUGGCUGGUCGACCAGAUAGAGGCGAUGAUGAUUUACGGAGUCAGUUGGCUACGUAUCAGAAUCUCCUCACGCACGCUGGUGUGCCUGCCAAACCACUCAAGCUCACGUCGCUUGCUAGUCAAUUUGGCGAUACACUCGGAUCAGAUGUCAUGGAGAAUAUCUCGGCCCUGCACAAAGCAAGGAUUUUUUACUUUGCUGGAACGAGUCGGGCUGGUCACCCAGUCUUGUGCUAUGCUCCUCGUCGUGCGGCCAUGAUGCAUGUGAGCAGUCAGCUAUGGACCUUCUAUGCACUCAGCGUUUUGGAACCAUACUGGAGCGCACCGUAUGAAGUGUUUAGUGAUAUGACGGGGCACAAGACGAUGCUGUUUGAGAAGAAUGGUGACUGGAUCACACAACUGAUUGCUCAUCUGCCGCCCAACGCAACUGACAAGUGCGUCGCGACCUACUGGUAUAACAUUGAGCCAAAUCUUCAAGAAGCAUUUGCUCUGCACAUUGGGCCGAAUGUGAGGAAGGUCAAUAUUCCGUGCCGCUUUUUAGCGAUUGGUGAGAAUCUCGGCGAAUACUUCAGCCUCGCACAGAUGACUCUACCGCCCAACGUCGGUGUCGAUCCUGCUCUCCUUGCCAAAUUUCAACCAGGACGCAUUCUUGGUGAGCCCAUUGCGGUGGAAGCAUCGUUUCGAGUGGCACCCAGCAUCCAGAGCCUCUUUGUGGUGUGUCCAAGCGUCUCCAUGGGUGAAUUCUCAUUUCCAACUGCCAUGUUCUUUCCUUUCUCCAAUAUCGAGGAUGUUGUGCUGAAGUCUGGUGGUGGUGCCUUCGAAUUCAGGACCCGGACAGACCACAGGCUUUACACAUUUGCAAGCCCAGGCGCAAGUGUUUUGGUGGACAUGCUCACAGCUGACCACGGGCCUCGUUUUGAUAUCGAUAACGAUCGCAUGUCUGCUUUUGAAGCUCCUGCUGUCUUGUUUUGCGCUGGAGUGAUCAAUAUUGCUUCUCCUGAACCAAGCACCCGUCUUGCUGCUAACCAGCUGAUCAACAAACUAGGGAAAGUAUGCUUUGAUGUGCCGCUGCCGACUUACAUCUCCGAGCACACAUGUACAAACACACCUUCUCUGCGCGAUAUUGGAAAUCUCAGCAUGAUGUUUGUCAGCAACGUCGCCAACAACGAGCUGAUUGCGCUCAUGUUGACAUUUUUCAAGGAAUGCUUGUUAUGGCUCCCCAGCUGCAACCCGAACCAACAAAUCAAUAUCUUUAUGACGAUUCAGUCUUGGCUAGAGGUUCUUGUCCGCAAAGUGGAAGUUUUGGUCAAUCCUCAGCAUGCCACAGCUUUAUCGCAGCUUCUCGUUUGCUUUAUGCGCAUGGCUUGUGAGACCAAGGUCCUUCGCAGUCUGGCGCUUCAUGCAUGGAGAUGCCUCGCACCGGCGACGGACUUAUCUGGGAUUCUGUACGAGUCGCUGACCAAAUUUGCACAUGCAUAUGGCCACAAUUCUCGUCAAGUCAGUGUUGUCUCUGAUAUCAUCAGAUCCUUGCGUGCACCUGCUGUCAAGAAUGCCUGCUUUGAGAGCCUCAACAAGAUGGCUACGCUGCGCCACAAGCAAGUACCUGGGAGUAUCGAGGAGAGUGACAUGGACAAGAAGCUGCUUGUGCAGCUGCACUUGUGUUGUGGUGCUUCGCAUCUCAUGGGUCUUUCGGACUACACCCCGGCGAGUCCUGCCGUCUUUGCGCUUUCUGGCAUUCGCAACAACGCCAUGCAACUCUACAACCAGGAAAUCCUCCGGAACUUCUCCCCAUCUGCUUUUCACAUUGUGUAUGAGCGCGAUGGUAGUACUGCUAUGCAGUUGACAGACAAUUGGUAUCAAAAUUUGGGACAAGAGUUUAUGGCGAGAGAAGAAGACAUCGCAAAGAUCACUACAUGGGCUGGCUUCCAACGAGACAUUGAGCGAAUCAAUGCACUCUUGGAAGUGUUGCUGGCUGGUGCCCGCUAUCUUGCAGCGGAUUCGGAAACGAGUAUGAUUAUGCAAAGACGUUUCUAUGGCAACAUCCAGAAAAUUGGUUUCGAUCGAGAAUUCAAGCAGUUCCGCUAUCGAGCAAUCAUGGCGGCUGGUCGCAUUAUUCGCGAUGUACAGGAACCUCCAGUCAACGAGCUUGUCUCGCAUAUUCACUGGGCUUCGCAAGAAGAAGACUGCAUGCUUGACAUUGCAGCUUGUUUGCAUGCUUUGCAGAGAACACUCGACAUGCCUCAACCAUCACUUGCCAGCAUUGCUGUUGCGGCUCUUCUCGUUGACCAACCACUCGUCUCUGCUCUCGGUGUCAAGCUCUUGACUUCGCUCGGUGAGCAGUUUGCUGGGGAGGCAUUUAUGGACGAGGCUCGCCUAGCGACACCUCGAACUUUUGCAUCCCUUGAAAAUGACCUUGGCGUUAGUUUGACUCAACAUGCAGCCUACGGCCUGGCUUGUCUGCUUCACGAUGCCUGGACUCGCAGCACAAACGAGGAAGUAAUUAAGGAAUGUCUCUUGAUGCUCAUGCAAAAAGGUCGUCGAUCAGCUGGCGAGACGGGCGCAGUCAUUGGUUUCUUUGCGGUGCCUGCGCUUGCCUUUUUGCUGACCAUUGCAAAGACGCCUGAAGAGAUGCGAACUCGCUAUCUCUCGUUUGGAGCGCCAGAGGAAGUGGUCAGCAACACGGCUGAUGACGACCUGCCCUUGCUGCUCUUCUCCUUCGCUGAGAGUGGCGACAAUACUCAAGCUUUGUUGCUAUUGUCAUUCCUGCUUGUUUUGCUCAGACAUGCCUCCCAGACUCGACAAAUCAUGCUCUAUCGUAUCUUGUCUGAGGCUGCGCAUGCGCUACCGGAGAUCGCAUCGCUGCUGUACCCUGCGUUGGCCGAACCGCUACAGACUAUCCUUCUUUCCUCGCAGAAUAUUCAGCUUCUCGAAGUGGCACAGGCAUUCAUCACUGCUCAAGCAACCAUGAUGACGACGCCUCACAGCCAGCUUGGUGUGCGUGAACAACUGCUCGAGGAUCUCGGGUUCCCGUACCUCGGCAAAGGUCUGACCACUGGCCCACGCCUUGGGAGUUGCAAUACUGGCAUGAGGCAUCUCCAAAUGGCGAGUGCUCCUAUUGAAGAAUUCGAAGUUCAUGAAGGGUCACCCUUGGAUGCGUAAUAACUUCUUUUGUAUCACCAUAGAACUUUGGGU